CGCGGGGCCGGGAGCGAUCGCGGCCCGGGCGGGUCGUGCUGCCGCUGCCGGAGUUGCCGGGUGCGGGGCCGCUGCUUAGAGAAGGCAGAACCUGUUGGAAGCGGCUCGCGAUGAGGAGUCGCGCUGCCGCUCGUGUUGUCUGACAGGGGUGGCGGUGCCUGUUGCUGUUGUUGUGGCCGCCUGGCCUCCCCUUUCCCUGUCCCCGUGGUCGUGACUUGGAGGUGGGAAUCGUUAAAUGCGGCUUUAGUAAAAUGCGCUGCUUGCCGAACCGAACAUAAAUAUUGUCUAGAAAAAUAGUGGAGAUAACGUUUUAGGAGCGCUGACAGGAGAACUUUUGGAGGCAGUGAAGCUGAGCUGGUGUAAAGCUUUGAGUUGGUUGGAGUCCAGAAUGAGUUAUGCAGAAAAACCUGAUGAAAUCACGAAAGAUGAAUGGAUGGAAAAGCUUAAUAAUUUACAUAUCCAGAGAGCAGACAUGAACCGCCUUAUCAUGAAUUACCUUGUCACAGAGGGCUUUAAAGAAGCAGCGGAGAAAUUUCGGAUGGAGUCUGGAAUUGAACCCAGUGUGGAUUUAGAGACUCUGGAUGAAAGAAUAAAAAUCCGUGAGAUGAUCUUGAAAGGACAGAUCCAGGAAGCCAUUGCAUUGAUAAACAGUCUCCAUCCAGAGCUGCUGGAUACCAACAGAUAUCUCUACUUUCAUUUGCAGCAACAGCACUUGAUUGAACUGAUUCGGCAGCGUGAGACAGAGGCAGCUCUGGAAUUUGCUCAGACCCAAUUAGCAGAACAAGGGGAGGAGAGCAGGGAAUGCCUGACAGAAAUGGAGCGCACGCUGGCUCUGCUUGCCUUUGAUAAUCCCGAAGAAUCACCAUUUGGAGACUUGCUGAACAUGAUGCAGCGACAGAAGGUAUGGAGUGAGGUUAAUCAAGCUGUUCUAGACUAUGAAAAUCGUGAAUCAACACCCAAGUUGGCAAAAUUACUCAAACUACUACUGUGGGCUCAGAAUGAGCUGGACCAGAAGAAAGUGAAAUACCCCAAAAUGACAGACCUCAGCAAGGGGACGAUUGAAGAGCCCAAGUAAAAUGUGUGCAGAUGGACAUCAAAAAAUCUUAGUACUGCACAGUAUACAUUUAUAUCAGUCUGUGACUGAAAUAUUUUUACUACAGUACAGCACUCAAUUCAGAUUUUUCAAUGAACAUCUAAUUUGAAGGGAGAAAAGUCCCUUUUAAAUGCUGCAAAAACUGCAUUGAAAGGCGCUGUAUCUCUUUGGAAGUCUGACUUAGGCUAUGCACUAUAAUACAUUUUUAAAAAAACAAUUAAACAGGACAGGAAAAAUAGCAUUUUUAAAAGUACAGAAUUCAAGCUUUCUAAUUGGCUGCUGAUGCCUAGUUUAGUGGCCAGUGAGUUAAUAUGGAGUUAUAUUGGCAACUGUUCAGUUUAACUGUCUCCUGUUUGAAAUGUGUAUAUA